AAUGAAUUUGUUCAUUUAACAAGUUGACCAUGUCACAGAAAAGUUGUCUUAGUGUCUCGUGUGUUUUAAUUCUAUUUCUCCUUAACAUUCAACAAGGUUUCAGUGUUACAAAUCUACUAUCGAAUCCAGUAUAUCAAAGUCAAUCAUCAAAUGCUUUUGAUACGAUGCAAGACGGUGACUGGCAUGAAAUACCUGAGCCAUCUGUUAAUAUAUUUGAUGCUGUGAGAAAUAAUAAUACACCAUCUGGACAAGAUGUUAUAAAAAGUAUACCUGCAGUGAAUACAAUUCUUAAUCCGACUGGAUUUCAAUUCUUUGGAGGGAAUGAUGCAGCAUCAUUGUUUUCUGUACCCCAGAUUAAACCUCAAUCACAGGAACAGAGACCACUACAAUCUCAAGCAAUCUCGACGGGGAUUACAGAUGAGGAAUUAGAGAAAUUCAUUAAUAGUAUUGGUGGAUUUGAUACUGGUAAUUUCGAAGAUAUUCCAACAGGAAGUCAACAAGUGAAUACACAACAAUAUCCUGUCUGGAAUAUGCAGACAACGCAAAGUGGUCUUUAUCCUCCUCAACAAGUACUAAUGCCCCCACCAUCACCACCACCACUAGCAGCAGCAGCACCGCGGAAAACUAUCUCACAGUCUACGUCAUAUCCUACAAGUGUUCCAUAUCAAAGUCGAAGAAAUAUCUUUUAUCCCAAAUAUACAACGAAUCUAAAUACACCGGUGCAACAGAAUACUCGUUGGCGAAGAACCCCACUAUUUACACCGCAAUCAUUAAAUAUGGUUCAGUAUAAUAGGCAGUCUUCUACACAAUAUCCAUUAAACUCACAAAUUCAACGUAUUCCACCUACAUCAAACCUAUAUUUCAGACAAUCUCAAUUGCCUAUUGCAAGACAGUAUAUCCAGUUUAGUAAACCUCAGUAUUUUAAUGCGCCGAGAUGGAGGACAACUUUACAACAACCCUAUGGACAAGUGGUGAUGCCACAAAAUAACAUUAGAGAUACUAGAUUUUUGGUGAGUGUAAAUCCCUAUGACAGAACAAGAAGAUUAUUUUGGUAAAUUGUUUAUGUAAACAUUUCACAAAAGGGUUAAUUUGAAUAAAAUGCU